AUGCCCUCAGCUGAGCGUAAAGUUUUCGAGAACGAGACAGAGGCAUGGGAAGCACUCGGUAUCGUCGACCUAAUUGGCGACCAAGCUUGCAUUCUAGAGAUUGUCGAGCGCGUCUACGCUCCUAUCCACAACAAGUAUAUUUUUGAUGGAUACCUCCCUGACGGAUUCUUUGAAUCUGCCGAGGAAGAGCUUCUACUAGCGCUCCGCUGCUAUCUUUGGGACGUCCCAGAGACUGUAACGGACCAUGUACCAGAUGAUGAUGAGCUUUGCUUAUGUCUGUACGAUCUUAUCCGAUUUAAGCGAGCCGAUGAUCCUGCGUGGAUGCAUAUCUUGCCAGAAUGGGACUUCUAA